GGGUCUCCCACUUUCGCCACUAUCAUUCCUGUCGCGGCUGCGCCAGCCCGUGAGCGCGCAAACGUGAGUCCGUUCUCGGCUUUCCUCUUCGGAGUUUCCUCGCUGGAUGAUUACGCGCAAACACCUGCCUUGCCUCGCGUUUACACGUCGAUUUUCCACCGGUGGAAACGCCAUCGUUCGGUGCAAUCGUGUCGCGACGAGUUAUUCAGUGCGGUUUCGAGGGAAUUCGUAGGAACUGUUCGUCGAUGUUAAUCGAUCGAUCGUGAACGGAGGAAUUGAUUUUCGAUAGCGUUAGAUCUACUUUUCCUGUUCUUGUUCUUUUCUUCUGUUGUCCAAGAUAGAGAGUAUCGAUCUCGAUCGGACGAGUUUUUUCCCGCGGGGGCUCGUGUUUCUUGGGAAAUGUGUGCCACGUGUAGUGAGCCCGCGAGUCCACCUGCUGCACCUACUGAAUGGGAUUAGAUGAGGUGCACGACGGAUGGCCUGAGCCUCGGAGCAAAUCUUCAUGGAUCGUUCACGAAAAUCGAAAAAUGACCGGCCGCCGUGGAGUCCCGCGGAAGUGCCGCGGCGUCGACGAUGCGCGCCGCGACGCACCAAUAUGACCAAAAUCAGGAAUUUCGGAUCGAUUCUAGCUUUGACAAUGCUGACUGCGGCCAGUGUCUCCUCUACCCACGUGCCCGACAAGUAUCCCAUCGAGGUCUAUCACAUGCUACGGGAGAAGACUCAAUUCAAUCUUGGCCGAGAUAAUCGUAUAAGAGGAACCUGGGGACCGUGGAGUGCUUGGAGCGAGUGUUCACGGACCUGUGGUACGGGUAUUCAGUCGCAGUCCCGCGAAUGCGUGCCAUAUCAGCGACUGUUAAGGAAGCGGAGCAUUAUCUCGGAGAAUGGCACGAGCAACUCGCGGCCCAUUUGCAUCGGUACAUACAAGCGUUACCACACGUGCAACACGCAGAAAUGCCCGAACUUCCCGGAGGAUUUGCGGGCCGAACAAUGUGCCAAGUACAACGGAAGAAACUACAAGGGCGAGAGCUACGAUUGGGUUCCAUUCUUGGACGUACCGAAUUCUUGCGCGCUCAAUUGCCGCGCCGUUGGCGAGCGUUUUUAUGCAACGCUUGAACCGGCAGUAAUGGACGGCGCACCCUGCGACGCUCCGAAUCUUCGUGGACAUAAUACCGGAAUUUCUAUGGAACGCACAGACCGAUGGCUCUGUGUCGCCGGACAAUGCAAGUCCGUGGGUUGCGACGGUGUGGUAGGUUCCGGCGUUACGAUGGACGCUUGUGGUGUCUGCGGUGGUCAGGGUAAAGGUUGUAGACUGUACGAGGGUAUUUUUAUGGAACCAAUCCUGCCGAGGGGUCAUCAACCCGUAACCACCAUCCCGAAAGGCGCCAUGUCUCUCAACAUCUCGGAACUACGUUUCAGUAGUAACUUCUUAGCGUUGAAAGACAGCAACGGUAGUUACAUCCUGAACGGACCCUUGGCUUACAGUCCAAGCGGCACUUAUAAAGCGGCUGGCACGACAUUAACAUACCAGAGGGGUGACAAAAACCGCAUGGAGUGUAUCUUGGCAACCGGGCCACUGAACGAUUCUUUGCAUUUAGAGAUUCUGGCGCAGGAAAUGAACCCUGGAGUGCUUUACAAAUACAUGAUGCCGUUCAAUGGAAAGCCAGUGAUAGCACCGCCGUUCUUUCCGAUAGGAUCCGUCGAUCGCGGCAACGAAAUCCCCGAUUCGGAUGCUCGCAUCCGGCCAACCUUUCCGGUCACUAGAAUAUCCAAUCAAAAAGCAGAUUUAUCACCGACGAGUCAUAAUCAAGAUCGAGCACGGGCUCGCGAGAAAGGACGGAAGGAAGAGAUGAGGCAUUCGCCUACUACGGUGAUGGCCGGGGAUCAGCCAAAAUCGAAGAACAAAAAGAAGAAACGUCUGCGAUUCUCUUGGAAGAUGUUCGGAGUGACUCCUUGCUCCAAGGAAUGCGGAGGAGGCGUUCAGACGGCGAUCUUCAAGUGCUUCCGCGAGAACAGGCAGAUGAUCGUGAACGACAAACGUUGUCGUAGCGUGGAAAAACCGCAACAACCGCCCCCGUUGCGUUGCAACGACAACCCCUGUCCGCCUAGGUGGAGGGCCGAGCCGUGGGGCGAAUGUUCGGUCAGCUGCGGCAUCGGGACAAGGAGUCGGAAAUUGGAGUGCGUACAGGAACUAAAUGCGAAUUUGACGAUGCGAGUGGCAGCCGGUGCGUGCGUACAACCGCCUGACCUUAGAAGCGUGGAAACCUGUACGAAACCGGCUUGCACGAACGGUCCGGAAUUGAGGCACAUGCACUCUCAGCACGACACACCCAGAUGGGACGUCGGCGCCUGGGGCCCAUGCUCGACAACUUGUGGAACGGGAAUUCGUAACAGAACGGUGACAUGCAUCACGUCGGGUGAUGCCUGUUCCGCGUUCAACAAACCCGACUCUCGGAAAAUCUGCGAAUCCGCGCCUUGUAUGCGCACCGGGAUCGAGCACAGUGCUCCUUGGCUCUACUCGGAAUGGUCGUCCAAGUGCUCGGCAGAAUGUGGUAGCGGAGUGGAAACGAGGCAAGUGGCCUGUGCCGAUGGUAGCGAGCUGUUCUGCAAUCCCAAAGAGAGGCCGGAAACGGAGAGACAAUGUUUCGGAAGAGAAUCGAACUGCGAUAGCGCGAAAUGGUUCACCGGACCAUGGUCAUUCUGUUCCGUGUCUUGCGGAGUGGGUGUCCAGUAUCGAGAAGUCCUUUGCGUCGCAAGGACGAACAAAGAAUUAGUCGUGUCGCCGGCGAGCAAUUGCAACGGUUCGAGGCCAGCAAACGAACAAGUAUGCAGAGCGAGCGCGUGUACACCGACAUGGUUCACCUCGAACUGGUCGAAGUGCUCGGUGACAUGCGGCACCGGAGUGCAAACCAGGCUGGUUCGUUGUAUUCUCGAGGGUGUCAGCAACUCGAAUUGCGAGGAUGUUGCGAAACCUAGCGGCCACCAGCAGUGCAGUUUGGAUCCGUGUAAAAAGGAUCCUUCGUCGUCGAGCAAACCACCGAAAAAAGCUUACGAGGCGUCGUCGGAGUGCGUCGACAAACAUCCAAAUUGUGCGUUGGUCGUGAAGAACGGUCUGUGCCGCAUCAAGUACUACAAGUAUUCGUGCUGUCGGUGUCGUGAAUAGUCGUUCGACGGCGAGAACAAGCCACCGUUUCAGGCAGGUCCACCCGACCAUGGUCGCGGCCGUUUUGUGUUCGAUUAAACUCGUUGCUUUCCUCCCUUAGCUAAAUGUAAACGGGGAAACUUGAACGGGGGAUUUUAGCGACCAAUAAGACUGUGACAAAGGAACGACCCUCUUACAUGUAUAAUUUUAUUUAACGCGAUAACAAGCUAACCCCGCGUAACUUUAUUCCUUCUGUUAUCUUAUUCCGACGCGGCACGUUGCGGAAGAACGAUUAUUUAAUUGAACGCGAAAAUGCAGAAAAUAGGUGAAAAUUCGCUAGUACAGAAGAAUCAACUAGUCGUUGGAGAAUAAACAAGUGUACCGAGGGCGUUUGUAAAUGGAACGCCAGACAGCAUGAUGCGUCUGUGCACCAGAAACUCGUAUCGUACGGCAUGUAUGCACGUGUGUUGCGUGUGUAGAUAUCUCUCAGAGUGACCGCGUGAACAGCCAGCUGCAGGGGCGUAAUUUUGUCAAUGCAUCGAUCUUGGCCCCGCACUCCAAUUCCGCCGUGUUCGACCAAGACCGAUGACAUCGAUAAUUCGACUUCGAAAUCUCGAGUCGUGCGUUUAGAACGAGAGCGAAGCAAACGUUUCUAAAGCAAAAGCAUGUGAGCAUCGAUAAAGGCUAUGGACGGGGGAAGUUGCUAUCGAAUUUUUCCGAAAUCCUGCGAUACCGUAGAUUUAGUAGGGACCGAUAAAUACGCUCGAUCGUCGGCAAGGAACGAGGGAUUAUCAUUGUUACGCCCCUGGAUGAGUUGCGGUCCCAUUUGCAUGCGCGUUCCACGUGAAACCUGUACGCCCAUGUAUCCAUUUAGGUAAACCUGCGAGCUUGUGCCUGGACAAGCGUGCGUGGACACGCGAAACGAAACGAGCUCCGAGCGAGUACACGAGCUGCCUGCGGUGUCUCCGCGAAAAGAAGAAGCAAAACGUGUCGAUCGAUACGACUGCAUGUGCUCUCGAUGUACUACGAUAGGUAGGCUGUAUUAGUUGCAAAACUUUAUUUAUGUGCCCGUAUAGACUAUUUGUACCACGAUGGAUGCAGGCCGCGGGUAAUUUCUGUUAUCUGAGCAUUUAAUUAACAUAUCGAACCGAACGAAUCUGGCGAUUUUGAUUUACGAACCCGACUUAUUAACAAAUUCAUCCGCGACAAGGACAGCACGGCAACUCCGAACCGGAAGCACGUCGACAUCCUUUCCCCUCGUUAACGUUCCUGUCUCGAGGAACGAGUUCGAGAAACGCGUUCGAUCUCUAGGAAAAUAUUUCACCUCGGGCUAACCACGAAAAAGUAUCAAGACGUUCGUGUAUUCGUCGUUCUAUGUGGUCGAUGUCAACUCAACUGAUUCGCCUGUUCUUAAUAUGCGAGCAUAGUCGUAGGAUAUUAACUAUAGCAAUGGUAUCGAAUCAAAUAUACGCUUGUCUCUGUGUAGAAAGUAUAAAGUCACUGGUAUACUGUAUACGUAGAAUCGAAUUUAAUUUUCGUCGUCCCUGGUAGAAGUCGCGAGAGGUUUUCGACGUAUUAUUAAUCGAUGAAUUAAUCGCGCGUACAAACACCUUUAUAAGAUAUAUGAACGUUGAGUUAAUUUUAAGUAGGUAACGUUUUCAAACGAUUAACGGAAACCUCGUGAAAACUGCGUUGGCAAUCGAUUCUCAGUGUCAAUUAAAUCGCAUUCCGGUUUGCCUUCUCAACAUCAAGGAAAUCUGCGGACACCGUACCAUACUCCGAGCCCGCUUUGUGUCUCUCGAGAAGCUGUUCUAAUUUCUGUUGCAAUUCGUUUCAAUAAACUUUCCGUUUUUCCUUGUA